AUGACUACCGACCGACAGCGCGUGGGCAUCUCCAUCGACUUCCUCCUCAAUUUUACGAAUCCCUCGGGUUACCGUCCGUCCGCUGCCAUCGCUGCUGAGGCUGCUGAGCUCGAUGGGGCAGAUGGCGAGGCGCACGUACAGUCACACGCUCAAGAUCGAGAUAUGACGCAGGACCAGUCGUUCUUUGAAUUCGCCGACUUGCCUUCUGUGUUCUUUGGUUUCCCUUUCCUGGUGUCGGGGAGAGAAGCCGACUACGCGUCUCCGAUCAUCAGCGAUAGUCUAACACCUGAACUGGAAGAUGCGUACGCCUUGGAACUCGAUGCUGGAACGCGGUGA